AUGCAGAUCAACCAGAAAGCCUCAAGAGCUAUGAGUGUGCUCAAGAGUGCAGGCUUAGCUUACAAUGCCAAGCUAAAGCCCAGGGAAAUCCUGGUUCAUGUUGCAAACAGAGGUGGCCAAAUGGUUAACCCCCAUGAUGUGGUGAGCAAAGGCCAGCAGAUCUCAGCAGUUGGAUGGGACUUGAACAAAGUUCGACAGUCUGUGGCAAUUGAGAUGCCUCAUGAUGUGGGCAAGAGAAGGUCAGUGAUAGCAGCAAAUGAAAAGCUGUCUGACCAAAGGUCUGGCAUGUUGGCAAGACCUUUUGGAGAAGAGAGAUAUUGCAGCCUGAGUUCUUCCCACUUGACAGCCUUCCUGAGGUGCUUGGAAAGUGGCUGCAGAAUGGGCAAUGACCAGUUGUCCAUGGAGCAGCUCAUUGCACAAGGAGGUGACCAUGGAAUUGUGAAGCCUCCUACAGAAUUGGAGGUUGCAAUGACAAUUGCGCAGCACUAUGAGUUGCAAGCUCCAGGGCAGAAAGACUUGGACAAAGCUGUGCAGCAGGCUGCCUCCAGCCUUCCACCUUGCAAGGCCUACAUCAGAUCCAUUGGUGACUUUGUGUCCAGGUUUGCUGGAGGCGAGAGCUUCAAGCUGCUGAA